CUUAUGCGUCACUUCAUUCCGAAAGCCGAUCAUGGCGGAGCUCGAGAUAGUGCAGCUUGAACCGGAGGCGUCCGAACUUCUCAAUGGGAACGCGGGCGAGAACGACGAGCGGGAGGACGCGGAGCCCUCGGAUACAGGAAAGAAACGGAGAAGAAAGAAGAAAAAGAACAAGACCACAGUCUCAGCAGGGACAGUUGAGGCUGAGGGGGAUGGAGACACGGGAGGAGGUGUUGGUGUGGUGACGGCGGAACUAUUGGAGCAGCAAGCUCCGCCGCGGGAGAACAAAGAGGAGGACAAUGUAGAGGAUGAUGGAGAUGAGGGUGAGAACUCAGCUGGUCAGAACAAGAAGAAGAAAAAGAAGAAAAAGAAAGGAGCAAAGGGACAGACUGACCCUCCUUCCAUCCCUAUUUGUGAGCUGUAUCCCAGCGGAGUCUUUCCAAAGGGAGAGGAGUGUGAAUAUCCCCCAUCUAAAGACGGGCGCAGUGCAGCCUGGCGAACCACCCAUGAGGAGAAGAAGGCCCUGGACAAGGCCAACGAGGAGAUGUGGAGUGACUUCCGGCAGGCCGCAGAGGCGCACAGACAGGUCCGAAACUACGUCAACACCUGGAUCCAACCUGGAAUGGCUAUGAUUGAUAUCUGUGAGCGACUGGAGGCCUGCAGUAGAUUACUGAUUAAGGAGAACGGUCUGAAGGCGGGCCUGGCUUUCCCAACUGGCUGUUCCAUCAACCACGUCGCUGCUCACUACACCCCAAACGCCGGAGACCCGACAGUUCUGCAGUACAACGAUGUCUGCAAGAUAGACUUUGGCACGCACAUCAACGGUCGGAUCAUUGACUGUGCCUUCACCGUGACCUUUAAUCCAAAGUAUGACCGACUGUUGGAAGCUGUGAGAGAUGCUACCAACACAGGAAUCAAGUGUGCAGGGAUCGAUGUGCGUCUGUGUGAUGUGGGUGAGACCAUCCAGGAGGUUAUGGAGUCGUAUGAGGUGGAAAUAGACGGGAAAACCUACCAAGUGAAGCCAAUCAGGAACCUCAAUGGCCACUCUAUUGGCCAGUACAGGAUACAUGCAGGCAAGACUGUUCCCAUUGUGAAGGGCGGAGAAGCUUCCAGGAUGGAGGAAGGUGAGGUGUACGCAAUUGAGACGUUUGGCAGCACCGGGAGGGGAGCGGUUCAUGACGACAUGGAGUGCUCGCAUUACAUGAAAAACUUCAACGUCGGACACGUGCCAAUCAGACUCCCCAGGGCCAAGCAUCUGCUCAAUGUGAUCAACGAGAACUUUGGGACCUUGGCAUUCUGCCGUCGCUGGUUGGACCUGCACGGAGAGACCAAGUACCUGAUGGCCCUGAAGAACCUGUGUGACCUGGGCAUCAUAGACCCAUACCCGCCACUCUGUGACACCAAGGGCUCCUACACGGCCCAAUACGAACACACCAUCCUGCUCCGGCCCACCUGCAAGGAAGUGGUGAGUCGAGGGGAUGACUACUGAGCAGGCUCUGUGUACCGGUUGAUCUCAGCCAGGAGGAACAGGAAGAUAUAAUGAUAAGAACAUAGAUAGGGGUUGUGUUCAUUAGGGUACGGAAUGUUUGAAAAUGUUUUGCAACAGAAAAGGAGAAAAAGUGUUUGUUAUUGGUUAAGUCCAGGCAGUGCCUCUGUGUUUCAGUCUGUUUUCUUCCGUUUGGUGCCAGGUGAACGCAGCCCCAGAAGAGUGGGGCUGGAAUCCGUACCAGACUGAUGAUAACAUUUAUGCAAUGCUGUUAUUAUUAUGUCAUGUUAGUUGCAUGGAUCCUAACUUCUGACCUUCAAGUGUUUUAGCAAGUGCAAAAGACUGAUGUCACGGCAGUAGCUUAAUUAUUCCUCAUUUAUUUAUUAUUUCAAAGGAUCAAGCCAAACAAUAAGGGCAUAUGAGAAGCAAAAAAAUAUUAUGUUUUCAUUUACUUUAUUAUACGUACUUAAUUGCUAUAUCGACUAUUUAAAAUAAGAUGAAAUAUGCAAAAUUGCUCCCUCUGUUUUGGGUGGACACUUCUAUUUAUUUAUUAUUAACAUUAAAAGAGUAUUCAAUGCCUUGGAAAGAACAUGUGCAUGAAUACAAUUCUAUGAAAUAUUUAUAUUUCUAAAUUUUGUUUGUCU